GACAGGAAGUCUUCUGUUCCGUAACAUGAGCACUGUAGUGGCUUUCGCACUGUAUCACUAAUACUGCCAACGCUGGAAACUACAAAGUUACCACAGGAAACUGAUAUUUUUAAGAUUCAUGCGUAUUCAUGGGGGGUAAGAAUAAACAGCGAACUAAAGGAAAUGUUCGGCCGUCCAGUAGCGGUCGAGCUGCAGAGGUACUGACCCGGGAGGGUGGUGUCAUCCCGGGGUUUGUGGGCUUCGACUCAACGGUCACUUCGGAGCUGAGUUAUGUCCCCGCUGUCCACGGCGCGGAAGAGAUAGACAACCUGGUCGAUCCAGAUUUCCGCCUUGUGCUCAGGAAACUCUCGAAGAGGGAUGUUGUCACCAGACUGAAAGCUGUGCAGGACUUUGGGUCCAUGUGUCAGGAACGGGAUGCUGAAGAGGUUAAAGGGGUCCUGCCAUACUGGCCCAGGAUUUACUGCAAAAUAUCAGUGGACCAUGAUCGCCGGAUCAGGGAGGCCACCCAGCAGGCCUUUGAGCAGCUGGUGCUGAAAGUGCGUCGUAGCUUGGCCCCGUUUCUGAAGAGCUUGAUGGGCCACUGGAUUCUGUCCCAGUGUGACACUUACACACCUGCAGCCUCUGCUGCGUGCCAGGCCUUCCAGGCUGCUUUCUCACCCACCAAGCAGCCUGAGGCUCUCAGCUUCUGCAAGGAUGAGAUCCUCAAUGUACUUCAGGAUAUUUUGUUAAAGGAAACGGCAGACACACUAAGCGAUCCACAAAGUGUGACAGAGGAGGAGAGAGAAGCCAAAUAUUUGCGCAUGCUGACCAGUUCUCUGUUGGGGGUGAAGAGACUGCUCUUCCUGCUGCUCCAGGAUGACAGAACGGCCCUGGAGCAAAGACUAGCAGAUCUUGUUAACUCUGGGAAGUUCUGGAAGUUCAGCAAACACAAGACACCACAGGUGCGAGGGGCCUUUUUCGAGAUGGCGUGUGCUCUGUGUGAGUUCACUCCAGAACUGGUCCAGGCUGAAGCAGCACGACUCUGCCCUGCUGUUCUCCUCAGCAUUGACGACACAGAUCCUGUAGUGCUGCCACCUGUGUGGGAGGCUGUUCUACACGUUGUGUCUACGAUCCCUGAUUGCUGGACACAUGUGAAUGCCAAGAAGGGCUUCUUACCUAAACUUUGGGCUUUACUAAAAGAGGGUGGCAAAGGUAUGGCUAAAGCACUCCACCCUAAUCUAAUGCCGCUCCUAAGCAAACUGCCCCAAGAGGUCACCGAUCCGACCUUGGACUUCUACACUACCUUCUUCACUUCAUUCAUACAAGGUCUGUCUAGUGAGCGUGCAGUGACAAGCCCAUCGGAAAGUGCAGUUAUAGUGACUUCUGCUGUUGAGUGCUUGAGGUACUGCAUACUGCACAAUACAGAAGAAAAGAAGGGUCAGGAAAAAAUACGGAUUAUGCUUAUUUCACAGCAGCUCCUACCACUGCUAGAAAAGGCUCUCGGAAAUCCCUCCCUUCAGAAUGGGCCUCUUUUCCUUUUGGUCACUGAAAUGGUCGUUUCCUGGGAGAUUAGGGCAGGUUUACAUAGUGAUGAUGAAGCAAAUGACAGCAAGGUUGUCUUUCAAGGGCUACUGGCAGACUUCUGGGAGGGGCUUGGUCUUUUGUUAGUGCGUUGUGCCGACAAUGAAGAAGCAGAUCCACAGGCUUUGGAAGGGGUAGCCACCUUGCUGCAAGUAAUGCGUUACCCUGAGAGAGUAAAAACAAAGCACGUCCGGAAGAAGAUAUCUGUCAAGAUAUGUUUCUCUAAGCCAGAGGACAAUGAGAAAACUGAAGUUGAGGGGGAUGGUGUUGAGAAGCCUGUGCAGACAGUGUCGGAGCUUGUGAACGAUAAGGCAUUUAGGUCCCCACAGACCCAGCAUUUUGAGGAUGUAGUGUGCCAGCUGGCACAACUGUGCCUGGUUCAUGUGAAUGAGAAAAACUCGGAGAGACAUCUUGUUUUCCUCUCCCUUCUCCUGCGGUCUUUCCACACACAGAGGGUCUUCAGUACAUUGGUCGAAUUGGAUGAUAAAAUAACAAAGGACGGUGAGCAGCGGGACGAGGUGAAUAUGAAAAAUCCAGCAAUGCAGUUCCUGCUGGAGCGGGUGGUGGUGUGGCUGGCUGAGAAGGGGUGCAGAAACACUGAUCACCUGGUGGAGAUGGUCUUCAGCUCCCUCUACUGCUGCAGCCGGCAGGAGACCACCCGCGUCCUCAACCACAUCACCACGAUGGAUUUACAGUGGGGAAUUAUCCUGCAAAUUAUACAGAGGGCAUGUGUAGAUCCUGAGACUCUUAAGAGCUGUAAUGAUUGGCUGAAAGGUUCAGUUCUGGGCGAGCAACUCCUGGAAUUGACUGAGGAGCUGUGCAAGGUGGGACGCAGUUCUUCCAGUUCUACCUUUUCUACGAGCAACCACAGUUGGACGCUUAUCAGCCUGGUCCUCUCUCAGCACCACAACAAUGAGCCUCUGAUAGGAGAGGUGUACAUGGAGAAGAUCUUAGAGGAGCUCCACACCACUCUGUCUGAGACCAAGAGUCUGUCAGAUGCAGGCAACAUGGAGCCACUCAUCUCCUUCAUCUGUGAUGUGGCCUCCACAUUCUUCUCUUCUGUACAAGACUGUCUUCUACUACCCUCGGCUGAGGAGCUCUUGCUCACUGUCUUUCAGCUCACCGCCCAAGAUCAAACACACACUCACCUGUCUGACUCACUUUUAGAUAAGCUGAGGAAAGUGUGUGUAGCUGGGGUCCAGUCAUUGGUCCAACAUUCUGAAUAUGAGGUCAAGGAAGGUGGUUUCCUGCACAGUGCAGCGCUUUGGGUGACAAACCAACUACUCACCGUCUCUCUGGACGUUAAAAGUUUGCAGGUUCUAGUUCUGGCUGUACAGAGCCUAGUGGAGACAAUCAUCUCUGUCUGCAAUCAAGACUCCCCCCUCCUCGUCCAGUUCCUUUCCCAAUUGACACCCAGCCAGACAGAAUGGACAAGAAUCAGACAAGCCUUACCUCCUCAGUGGGUCAAAAACCCCUUACUGUCCAGCCGUCACCGAGGAGUUUGCGAAAAACCCUCCAAAGACAUCUGGAUGGUUAGGGUGUCAUCUUGGCUGCCAGCCCACCUAUGUGCCUGUGCCCUGGUGGGGAGGGUGACCCGGACGGUUGCAUUCAUACCUCGUGACCAAAAGGAGGCAGAAUGUCCUUCCCACCUGCCAAACCUUAAGUACACAGUUUCAGAACUGUUGUUUGCACUGCAGUGGUGUAAGGAGGUAGAGUACAGCCCUACUAUAGUGUCUGCCUAUCAUAGCGUGCUGACUGACUGGGGGCUGUCAGAUGGAUUCCACAGCCAGGUUCCAAAGAAAGAUCUGCUGGAGACACUCUACUCACGGUCAGUGGAGGAUGGAGGUCUAUGGUCUCUGACUCUAGAAAACUACAUCCACACCAACAACUUGGCAGCCACUCACAGUGCAACCGUGAGGAAGCUUUAUGGCAGUGCAGACAGGUUGUUCCCAGUGUCUCGAAGCAAAAUGAGCACUCUCCAGGUGCUCUGCCCCACCAUGACCAAAGAAGACAGAGAAACUCUCAUUGCUCUGGCUACUGCCGGAAUAAUCAACUGGCAAGAGAAUGACAAUGUGUAUGGGUGUCUGGCAGUGCUGCUGUGCUGUCUUAAAGCCAACACACAAGUAGAGGAGGAGGUUGUGCAGGCUAUCCUGGCCACCGUGAUGGAGUGGAGGAACAGCAAGGAGGACUGGUUCCACUUCGGCAGUGACCUGUCUAAAGCAACUGCAGAACAGUUGAACCUUACUGUGGAGAUGAUGCGUUUCCUGUCCUGGCUGGUGGCUCAUCGUCCAACAGUUCUUGGGGGCAGCCAGUGGGACUUCUUGCUCUGCUCUAUGUUAGCCUGGUUGGAGACUGCCAGCGAAAAUGUGAGCAGUCUAUGGAACCCAUGGGUGCAGCUGUUCGUGUGUGAGAACGCUGCAUUGAUAGUAAACCUGAACCAGUUCUUCACAUCAUCUUUGCCCGAUGAACUGGAGAAGCUGCCGGCAGAACUGGCUGGUGAAUGGACAGACUUCUUUGUGGAAGGAAUCUACAACCUGCUGUUGCCUCUGCCUAUCAAUAUCACAGAAGCCUUCACUGAACCGGAUGACCCUGUGUUCCCUUUGGCGGUACUGCAGUCAGUUGGCAUGGCUCUGACAUAUGUGCCUGUGCAGCAGCUAAAACAGAACUCCCUGCCACCACGGUUCAUAGCGGACCAGAAUACAAACCUGCCAGAGCCCCUCCAGACGCUUCUCAACACUUUCUGUCCCCUGCUGCUGUUUAAGGCCAGGCCUCUGCAGAUCACUGUCUACCACUUGUUAGAAAAGGUCAUGCCUCAGCUGCCUGAGUGUGAUGGAGAGGGAGACAACAACAAGUCUGAUGAUGAUAGAGAUGAGCCAUGUCUUUCUCCUCCAGCAUCUCUGAUGGCCAUCCUGUCAACCUGUGAGGAACUGUGUGAUAGUAUCCUGGCAGGGAUUCAAGUGGGAGAGUUUGCUGUGGUCCAGCCUCUCAGUGUGGAGUACUCCUGCAUCCUGGGGUACUUGCUGGCCUGGAAGCUGCUCCUCACUUUUUUCAAAUCCUCACCCUCCCAUCUGCGUGCCCAUUAUGCCCAGUAUCUUAAGAGAAGCUGCUCCCUUAACAAGCUCCUCCUUCACCUCUUCAAACUGAUGCCUGAGAACCCCCUCUACCCAGGCCAGGGGACAGAAACAAAGGAGACCAAAACCUUCUUUACAGAGAGCUUGUCUCUGUCUGUUGACAAAAGUGAGAGUGUUGAGUGGGAGCUCCCUCAUCUGGCUUGCAGUGUGUACUACAGCACAGUGCAGGACCUGCCUGCCAUGGUGCGGCUGUGGUGGAACAGCCAGGAGAAGAGAGUGAGCGCAGCCGUGGAGAAGUUCACUAUUAAAUACGUCAGUCCUGUUCUCUCAGCCCAGGAGAUCUCAUCUGUCCACGCCAGCACUCAGAUGUUUGACAGCAUGACUGUAAAAGCCCGCUCAGCAGCGCGGGAGGUGAUUGCUACCUAUUCUGUGGAUGAUAUCUUCAUCGAGUUGGUGAUUCAGCUACCACAGAACUACCCUCUAGGCUCGAUCACUGUAGAGAGUGGGAGGCGCGUGGGCGUUGCAGUACAGCAGUGGAGGAACUGGAUGUUGCAACUGAGCACCUACCUCACACAUCAGAAUGGCAGUAUAAUGGAGGGCCUAGCUCUGUGGAAGAACAAUGUGGACAAGCGUUUCGAGGGAAUAGAGGAUUGUAUGAUCUGCUUCUCUGUUAUCCACGGCUCCAACUACUCCCUGCCCAAGAAGGCUUGCCGAACCUGCAAAAAGAAAUUCCACUCAGCGUGUUUGUACAAAUGGUUCACAUCCAGCAACAAGUCCACCUGCCCGCUGUGCAGAGAAACCUUCUUCUAACAUACAGUCUGUUGAUCAUGGCUAAAAGGUUGACAGUUCUUCGGUCAACCAGGACUAGAUCGGUUGUGAUUACAUGAAUAGAGUUAUUAAGAAACUCAUCUAUAUUAACUUCUAAUUUAUAGACACAAUAUGGGUUGAAAUUCUCUCAUAUUGUUUGGUUCAGAAAAUCAUGUUUCAUGUGCUCAGUGGAAGUCUGAACUAAUGUACAGUAAAAUCUAGUGAUAAUUGUAAUUGCCCAUAUUCAGUAGCAUGGGUUAAUAAGCUGUCAACAGUUUAAUACCAGUGCUUUACUGUACUCUAAAUGGGCAGAAUCAGUAGCUCCCUGCUGAUGUUUUUCUGUUAGUAAUAAGUUUUUAUCUUUAGGCACUGUCGUACAUAAGCACCUGUUGAAAUUAGUCAUUUUACAAACUUUAAAAAAGAUGGUCUAAGUAUUGCAAUGCCCAGGACAGGCUUCACAAAUAUUUCCUAAUAUUUAGGAGUGUAAAGAGAUAAUGUCUGAUUAGUGACAUGCCUUAUACCAUUAUGACAUGGUGAGAUCACCUAUGAAAAGCAGGAAAGGGAACUUCUUUAAGGUUUAGUUUUUACAUUUCAAAAUGCCAGUGCUCACAAAUAUCAAAACCUAAUGAUAUGCAUCGUCUCCUGAUGCCUGCAUACAGCUGUAAAUGAUGCUGGAAAGUAAAUAAAAUACAACUGAAUGGAUAUUA